GACUCUGUUAUCUCUCUUCUCUCUUGCAGAGCUCUCCCUCUUCUUCGAGGGUUUUUUUUUCUUUUUUUUUUCCUUUCUUUUUUUUCUUCUUUUCUUCCAUCAAUUUUCCCUCUUCAUCUUUUCAUUUUUUUAUUUAAAUUAUGUUUGGGUAAUAAUUUUGGAUUCUUCCCGUCGUUUCCGCCUUUGAAACCCUAAAUUAUCAUUCAAUCCUCAUUUUUAUAUCUACAUAUAUUCAUACACAUCCGAAGAGAGGAAGGUGAAGAUGCAGCAGCAUAGGCUGAAACAGCAGCAAGCAUUGAUGCAGCAGCAAUCGCUUUACCAUCCCGGGAUUCUUGCUCCGCAGCCGAUAGAGCCCAUCUUGAGUGGAAACCUACCUCCUGGAUUUGAUACAAGUGCUUGCCGCAGUGUAUACGUUGGAAAUAUCCACCCUCAAGUGACUGAACUUCUACUCCAAGAAGUAUUUGCGAGUACUGGUCCCCUUGAAGGAUGCAAGCUUAUAAGAAAAGAAAGGUCAUCAUAUGGUUUUGUGGAUUAUUAUGACCGUAAUGGAGCUGCACUUGCUAUUCUGGGUCUGAAUGGAAGACAAUUGUUUGGGCAGCCAAUAAAAGUUAAUUGGGCCUACGCCAGUGCUCAAAGAGAGGACACUUCAAGCCACUUCAACAUUUUUGUGGGUGAUCUAAGCCCAGAGAUUACAGAUGCUACCCUGUAUGCAUGUUUUUCAGUUUAUCCUAGCUGCUCAGACGCAAGAGUGAUGUGGGAUCAGAAGUCUGGUCGCUCAAGAGGGUUUGGAUUUGUUUCUUUCCGUAAUCAGCAGGAUGCGCAAAGUGCAAUAAAUGACUUAAACGGAAAGUGGCUUGGAAGUAGACAAAUUCGGUGCAAUUGGGCAACAAAAAGUGCUGGAUCCAGUGAAGAAAAGCAGAUGUCCGAUGCUAAAAGUGUUGUGGAAUUAACAAAUGGCUCAUCAGAUGAUGGUGCAGAAAAGACCAAUGAAGAUGCACCCGAAAACAACCCUCAGUACACAACUGUCUAUGUUGGCAAUCUCUCCCCUGAAGUUACUUCUGUUGAUCUGCACCGUCUCUUCCAUUCUUUUGGCGCCAGAGUCAUUGAAGACGUUCGUGUUCAGCGUGACAAGGGUUUUGGAUUUGUUAGGUAUAGUAGCCAUGAUGAAGCAGCUCGGGCUAUUCAACUUGGGAAUGCCCGAAUUCUAUUUACCAAACCCAUCAAGUGUUCAUGGGGAAGUAAGCCGACUGUGCCGGGAACAAGCUCCACCCCUCUGCCGCCACCGGCAGCCGGUCACAUCCCUGCUGUGGAUGUUGCAGCGACCAAUCAGCUUGCAGCCUAUGAGAUGCAGCUUGCUCUGAGCAAAAUGGGCGCUGCACAAGCUGCCGCCCUCAUGCACCACCACCAGGGCCACCGGUUUGGCGCCGCUAAUCCGGCGGCGAUGUACGACGGCGGGUAUGCAGCAGCCCAACCCCAUAUGUACUACCAGUAGUAUUAAUAUUAUUAAUAAUAAUUGCAUCUGUCUACCGCAACCUCGUACUGGUUGGGAUUGUUGUGGGAUCCGAGUUGAUGUUAUUAUUGUUAAGAUUAGGAUUUAUCAGUACUGUGAUAGGCCACUCACUCCACUUUUUUCUUUUUUUUUUGGGGUCUUUUUUAUUUUUAAAUUUUAUGAAUCAUUAGUGCUGAGUAUUGUAUUUCCGCACGAUUUGUAUAAUCUGCAGGCUGUAUGGAUUUUGUUUUGAAACUUUGGGGAAUGAGGGCUUUCUGCAACUUUUUAUCUUCUGCUGUUUUCUCUUGUGAUUUUUUUAGAUGAAUAAAUCAUGCACAUUUUU